AUGCCUCCCCCCGCCGCUUCAUGGGGCCCCUCGGGGGCCCCCCGGGCCCCCGCCGAGACCCCCUCGCCGGGGGGCCCCCCAGUACCCUGCGGGGCCCCCGGGGCCCCCGAGGGGCCCCCGGGGCCCCCCAAGGCCCCCGCGGGGCCCCCCGGGGCCCCCGGAGGCCCCCCAGGGGCCCCCCAGGGGCCCCCGGGGGCCCCCGGGGCCCCCGGGGGGCCCCCGGGGGCCCCCAAGUCUCGGAAAAUGAAGAAGGGGGCCCUGGGGUUGACCCGAGACAGCAGGUACACCGUAGAACAAGUGUUAGAUCAGCAGCAGCAGCAGCAGCAGCAGCAGCAGCAGCCGCAGCAGCAGCAGCAGCAGCAGCAGCAGCAGCAGCAGCAGCGGCCGGAGAGCCGUUUGGUGCCGUUUGCACUGAAGGUUUACCGCACUUCCGUUUUGUCUUUCAAAAACCGCAGCAAAUAUGUCGAGGGGGACUUCAGGUUCAACCACGCAUACUCGCGGUAA